AUGUGUUUAGUACAAAAUACAGAUAAUACCAUAAUGAAAUGUUUCUCUAGUGUUUUUUCGCAAAGUUCUUUAGUUCCAUUAGCUAAAAUAGCAAAUGCACCAUCACGUUCAUUACGUUUAUUAUGGGCAAUUGUUACAGCAAUUAUGUUUAUUGGAUUAUGUGUUUGUAUUAGUCUUGUGGUUAUGCAAUAUUUAAAACAUCAAACAGUAUUUCAAUUAGAUUAUUCUGGUCGUCAUACUGUUUAUGAUCAAGUACCUGGUAUAACAAUAUGUCCACAAUCACAAGAAUCAAAACGUUUAUUUUUAGAUGCAAUGAAACGUUUAAAUAUUAUUACACAACCAAUGCCAUUACCAUGGUUUAGUAAAACUGUUAUGGAUCAAUUUCGUAUGAAAGCAAUAGAAAUUCAACCUGAUUUAAAAUUUGGUGUUAUUGUACACCGUUUACCAAAAGGUGAAUUAUUAUGGAAUACAUCAAAAACUGCUUUAUCACCAAUUUAUAGAAUGUUGUUGAAUUUUAGUGUGGAAUUUCAAAUACAACCAUCUUAUUUAUCUGAUAGUUAUCGAUUAACCGUAAUGGAACAAGUUAUGGAAGAGUCCAUAGAUCCAGGGUUUCCUGUUGACUACCUUCACGUUCCAAAUAUUCGAAAUUUUCUAUGUACAACAUUUGAAUUACGAUCAAAAAAUGUAGAAAAAUCAUGGUCUUAUUUAGAAAUACGUAUUAAUCAAGAAAGUAAUCUAGAAAAUUCUAAUCGUGUCACAUUUAUUUUAAUUACACAUGAACGUGGUGAAUUACCAUUUAGUGCAUAUGAUCGUCAUAUUCAUACAAAUUUACCACCGGAUACAUCUGUUUCAUUAUAUUUUUCAAAAUCUGUAACAACACGUCUAAAUACAGGAAGAAAUCCAUGUCAUGUUGGUGCUGAUGCAAAAUUUAUUGCAUCCGAAUUAACUAUGGAUAUUGAUGAAGAAGAUAAUAAUAAUAAUAAUAAUAAUAAUAAUAAUAAUAAUAAAGGAAAACAUAGAUUAACAGGGAUAACAUUACAUAAUUCAACAAUACUUAAUGAAAUGAAUGAUUAUGAUCUUAAUACAAUUACUAAUGCUAGAAGUAAUAAUAAUAAUAAUGAAGAUGAUGAUCAUCAUCAAUGGUAUUUAGAUUAUCUUGAUACAAUUCGAAUGAAAAAUAAACAACAAACAUUUGCUAGUGAAACAACUAAUUAUUUACAAUUUGCUAAAAUACAAUUAAAACAAAAAACUAAUGAACAACGUCUUAGUAAAUUAAAUACAGUUAGUUUAUUUGGUACAGAAUUUUUAUAUAGUCGUGAAGCAUGCGGUUGGAUUGAAUGUUGUGCUAAAGUAGCAUAUAAUUGUAAUUGUACAUGUACAUUAGAUUUAUUAUCAAUUAAUCGUACAUCAACGCAAACAAAUUUUUUAUGUGAACGUUCGCAAUGUCAAGAUGAACAAAUACCAUAUGAAACAUGUCCACUACCAUGUAUACAAACUAAAUUUAUAAAGCAUAGUGAAGUACGUUUACCUGGAUUUGAAGAUGGUUUACCAAUAUUAACAAGUCGUUUAAAAUUAGUACGUAGUGAAAGUGUACAAGUUGCUAUGGAAGAAGAAAUAUUUUCAUUAGCUAAAUUAUUUUCAGAAGUUGGAGGUUUAUGUUCAUUAUUUAUUGGUUUUAGUUGUAUAUUUUUAUUUGAAUUAUUAGAAGCACUUAUUGUUAUGUAUUAUCCUAGGAAAAAAUUAAAACAAUCUAUACAAAUUAAUACAAAUAAUAAUAAUAAUACAAAUUGUAAUAUUACUCAGUCAGAUAUUCAUAAAAUCAAUAAUGAGAAAUGUAUAACUACACCAUUUAUUCAAGCUAAUAAACAUACAACAGAUAUAACACCAAAUAUUAAUAUAGAUAGUAUGAUUAAUUCAACGAUAACUACAAUUACUACUACUAAUAUUUGUAAUGAUAUUAGUAGUGAGAAUAACAAUAAUAAAACAAAUAAAUUCGGUUAUAUUGAAAAUAGAAUUAAAGCUGAUGUUUCUUCUGUAAAUAAUACUUCAAUGGAAGAAUAUUUAGAUAAAGAUAUACAGUUUAUCGAAGAAAAUUUACGUUUUAUUGAUAGUCAUAUUGAUAAUAAUAAUAAUAGUAAUAAUAAUAAUGAUAAACAUGAGUUACGAACUACUGAUCAAUCAAUAAAUGAUCCUCAUUUAUCAUCAUAUAAAAAUAAUUAUCACAUUAAAAAGUCUAUUGCAUUGGAACAUUUAUAUAGCUGUAAUCAUACAGAUAAUAAUAAUAAUAAUAAUGACAGUAAUACCCAAGAGCAUACACUCUCUUUAUCUAAUCAAUAUGAACAUAAUUUGAAUGAAAUAAGUGAAUCAAAUCACGUAUAUAUGUUACCUAUAUGGUUAAGUACAAAUAUACCAUUACAUAUAAUUAAAGACAGGCAAAAUGAUAAUAGGAUAAAAUCAUUUCAGACUUCAUCAAAUAAUUCAAAACGAUUAACAAAUUCAUUAGAUAAUAAUAAUAUUGAAGAGGACGAAGAAGAAUGUAUGUAUAGUGAAACUACAACUAUAUGUUCCAGAGAAGAAUUGAUCAAGUUAUUACAACAAAACAGAAUACGGAUCAAAGUAAUGUUCACGGAUCAAUAACACAUCUACACAAAAAUAAUCAAAGUUCUACUUUUCAUUUAAUACAGCUCAAAACGUUUCAGUUUUAAUAAAGAAUGAUUGUAGAAUUUUAACAACAACACUGCCACCUUCCGCAACAACAAAAUGCACAAAUACAUGACUUUUCAGUACAGAGAAAAUACAAAUCUUGUAACUAUAACAACCUACUUGAUAUUAUUUAAACAAUCCAAUUCAUGUCACUUAAAAGUGCAAAAUAAUCACUAAUACAAAGUUUGUUUCAUUUUUUUCUCCUUUUUUGGUUACCAAAAGAAUAGAUGCAAACCAAAUGUUUCUAUCCAUAUUAAAUGUUACUCAGAUCCAUGCAGAUAAACACUGAUAUAUAUAUUUACAUGUUUGUAUACAUGUGUUAACUAGUGAUUUCUCUUAUUACACUGGGUUCAAGUUUUGUUUUUGUUUUUGUUCUUCUGAUAAUUUUACAAUUAUAUUCAAUGGAAUAUUAGUUCGAAUUAUGUCAUUCAAUGUUGAUUUUAUUUAGUUGUAACGGUUAUUAUUUGUUGUUAAUUCAAACAACAAAAAUCGAUUUUGUUUAUUUGUAGCCGUUUGUUUUUUUUUUGUUUUCAGAAGGGGUUUUGUGGAGAUUUUAGUAAUUUCAAUAGUUGAAAUCGUAGGUCAGUCGAAGCUAGACCACCAUGGAGUCCCAUACUAGGACGAAGCGGCCGUACAGUGCUUCUAGGUUUUGCAUGGUGGUCUAGCUUCAAUUGACUCAUUUCAACUAUUUUUUUGUUUUUUUGUUUGUUUUUUUUUGAAAAACUUUUUCCACGUAAAUAUGUAUUAAUAAAUAUCAGUGUUAGUUUCAGUAAAACAGAAAUUACGAGAAUUUCUAAAAAAAUACAACAAGAAAAAGGAUUGUUUAUUAAGAAAUUUCACAGAUCUUUUUUCCCUAUAAAUAAUGAAGUAAUUCCAAUAAUGAUUAAGUUUUGAAAUGGAGUUUGACAGUUUAUCAUUAAUAUGGUAAUUUUUAAUAAUGUUAAAAAGAAAAAAACAUUGUCUAAACUGUGAUCUCUAAUGUUGAUAAUGAGAUUAGUUUUAGAAAAAUA